AAAAUGAAAACUGAGAAGGAAACUGCCAUGGAUGUAAAGAAAAAAGAUCCUGGCAAAGUCCCAGAAGCCAAACAAGGGACAAUAAAAGUUGCAGCACAAGCAACAACUAAAAAAGAUGAAAAGAAGGAAGAUUCCAAGAAAACAAGAACAACUGCAGAAGCAAAGCCACCAAAGAAGGAACAUUCAGCUCCAAGUGAAAAACAAGUUAAAGCAAAAACUGAACGAGCCAAAGAAGAGGUUGGUGCUGCCUCAACUAAAAAAGCUGUACCUGGAAAGAAGGAAGAGAAAACAACCAAGACAGUGGAGCAAGAAAUUAGAAAAGAAAAAUCCGGAAAGACGUCUUCAGUUCUGAAGGAUAAAGAGCCUAUUAAGGGAAAAGAAGUGAAGGUUCCAGCUUCCCUAAAGGAAAAAGGUAUUACUCUAUAA